CUUUUCAAAGAGUUUUUGGAAGAUAAUGUGAUUGAAGAAUUUUAUUUAACUUUCUACGGAAAAAUUUUCAUGGAAACACUUGCUAAACUAAAGGAUGAUAAAUGGGCUUCAACUUUAGGCGAAAAAUGCAUUGGAAAGUGUUUGCAAUCUAAUAAUCAUUUGAUUUCUAAAAUUUCUUUGUUGAGUAUUAUUUUUGAAAACUUUAAUGAAUUAUCAGAAAAUCAUCUUGCAUUUAUAGCAAGUAUUUUAUCUUAUAUAGGGUUUGUAGUUCCUUGUACAAACGUAAAUCCAAGCAUUAUUUCUUCACACAUUUCCAGUUAUGGAAGAUAUUGUCAUUUAUCUAAAACAUCGUCUCUUGAUAUAUUAAUUUCUAAUAUUUGGGUUCGUUGGAUUAGUUCUUUCAAAAAAUAUAUUCCAACUAGUUUUCUAAACUUUCAAGAUGGUCAUA